AUGGACAAUGCUCCCAAGUCCAUCUACUUAACCCACCACCACUACCAAAGAAUCAAGCUUUACUGGGACUUCACUCGGGCUGAGUUCACUCGCAACUCGGCCGAGCCCGACUCAGGAUUCUACGUUGCCAUCUCUUGCAAUACCAAGCUUGAGUUUUUCCUUGGUGAUCUUCAUGACGAGUUGAAUCGGCGAUCCGGGUUGGCCAUGAAUCGCCAGCUCUGUGAGCCAACUCUGUUGUCUAGUCGGGACCACGUGUUUGGGCGCAGGAAUUAUGUAUCCCGGGCUCAGUUCUUGGGAACCAAACAUGAGAUUGGAAAUGAGUGCAGUGGGGGAGUGCUCAAAGUAAAAGUAGAUGGUGAAAUUAGGCUUGUUGUAAAAAGGUUAGCAUGGAAAUUUAGAGGGAAUGAGAAAAUUUACGUGGGUGGCGUUGAAGUGGAAUUUUUUUGGGACGUGUUUAAUUGGGUCAAUAAUAUUAGUACUAGUAAUAGUAAUGACAAUAAUAGUGGUACUAAUGGCAUUGGGCAUGGUGUGUUUGUGUUUCAAGUUGGUGAUGGUGGGGUGUGGCCAGAAAUGGCAGGUCCAGAGAAGAGAUUGAUGAGGAAGAGCUUAUCGGUUUCAUCGAGUUCCGGUUCGACGCCAUCGGGGAUAUGGUUGUCACCGUCACCGUCAUGUUCAAGUGUACUGUAUGCAAUGGGCUGA